GUCGCAUUAUCAGUUUGUCAUUCGCGGUGGCAACGUCAGACCUUCCCCUAUAAAAAAUUACUUUAAAAAAAGGGAAAUAGAAUAUUCCCCGAAAUAUACAAUCUUAUCGGCAAUGCCACUGAAGUUGCUGAGAUUUUGGCUGCCUUUGCUCCUGUUUGCUUGCCAUUUGCUGGCUGAAACCCCGCAGUGCUUUCGCUUUACUUGGGUUGGUGCCUACGAAAAUCAUUCGAAUAUCGUCACAGAGACCUGUGACUCCAGAGUAGGCGACUUUAAUGACAUACCCUGUGUGGAACCCUUGGUGGUUACACCCAACGACACCGUUCCGGAUGUGAAGGCUUUAUGGCAGAAUACCACCGAGGAUCGGGAUCAGUAUCUGUGCCAAAUGUCAGCCGCUCACUCGUGCGUGAAGUACUCCUACAUUUUUAAAGGCGGCAUUCUGAACAUCACAUACAUGUGCGCCAUGGUGAAUGCGAGUAAUGGUUGCUAUCGGCAGACCCACGAGAACGGAAUGCAGGUGGAGGCCUGCGUGUGCACCUCUCGCCUGGGAAUGAUACCCUGUAAUGGCUGCUCAAGGCAGCGGCUGCACGAUCGUGUAAUGGGCUUGGCCCUGUGCCUGCUUGGUGCUUAUCAGUUGCUAAAUAAAUUUCGUCGGAUAGUUUGAUCAGCAAACAUAUAGUAA